AUGAACCCAACUUCAAUGUUGGUAGAGAUGAAAAGCUUCAUUCCUUCUUCAUAUACUUUCGAAACAAAAAUCCAGAAGAUAAAGCAAGAACUUUUAACAAAUAAUUUAGAUUGCACCGCACAGGAUGAAACAAAUGAACAGUAUCUUUAUGAAAUGCAGGACAUUAUUGACCAUUUACCCAAAUUGCCUGAAAUCCAACAACAAAAACUCACUAUUCCAGAAUUCGAUGAAAUAGAAGUAAAAACAACUGACUCGGUAGAAAUAAAGAAGUUCAUACGAAAGGUAAACUAUGAAUUCCUUGGUUUUCAUUGCAACCAUAAGGUUAUGGACAAAGAUUGCGACAUGUUAUAUAAGAACAUCUCUGACCUUUACAAAUCUGAAGAAUUUAAGACCUACGACAACUUUGUUUCGUUAGUUGCAAAAUGUGUUUGGCAGAUAAGAGAUAAAGACAGAAGGGGUAAAAUAUGGAACGAACAGAUAAGACCAACUGCUUCAGAUUUAAAGAAAACCAUUGACGCCUUGGUUGUUCUAGCAGGUAAGGUUUCAGAAUAUAACGCAAAAAUGAACCCACAAUGUUCUAAAUGUAAAGCAGCAAUGAGGAAAUAUAACUACUCCGUCAAAGAGAUAGAAAGAAUGAGAAA